AUGACGUGCCAGACGUUCAGCUCCGACUCCUUCGCCACCCUGGCCAGCGACCCCUCUGCACUCCCCCUGCUCAUCCACCACGCCGGGGCCGGGGACGGCCUACCUGUCUCCAGUCACGCUACCAGCAUGGUUUCUGCAGUGCCCUCAGGUCUGUCGCUAGUCCAGUCGUCCAAGCGCUCCCACAUGCACCUCUCCACAUCGGCACUAAGUAGCACCUCGGCCAGCCUGCACUACCCUGUGCCAUCCUGUCACUAUGGCAACCAGCAAGCCACCUAUGGCAUGAUGACAGGCGGCCUGGGCCCCUGUCUCUACAAGUUCCCAGAUCACAGCCUGAGUGCUGGCUCCUGUGCACUGGGCCACAGUUUCCCCCCAUUGCCCCAAGCGCUGCUGUCUGAGGAGCCUGGUGUAGGGGACUUCAAGCAAGAAUUACGCAGGAAAAUCCACCCCCCUGAGGAACCUCCUGAUAUGGACUCACCCCAGAUUCGGGAGCUAGAGAAAUUUGCCAAUGACUUCAAGCUUCGCAGAAUCAAACUGGGCUAUACUCAAACGAACGUGGGAGAAGCCCUAGCAGCAGUGCAUGGAUCCGAGUUCAGCCAGACCACCAUCUGCCGCUUUGAGAACCUACAGCUGAGCUUCAAGAAUGCCUGCAAGCUGAAGUCUAUCCUGGCCAAGUGGUUAGAAGAGGCUGAGCAGGCAGGAGCCCUGUUUAACGAGAAGAUUGGCAUGAACGAGAGAAAGAGGAAGCGUAGGACUACCAUCAGUCUGGGAGCAAAGGAGGCUUUAGAGCGUAACUUUGAAGAGAAGAGCAAGCCAUCCUCGCAGGAAAUUGUGCGUAUGGCAGAGGGACUGCACCUGGAGAAGGAGGUGGUGCGGGUGUGGUUCUGCAAUCGCCGGCAACGAGAGAAGCGUGUAAAAACCAGCCUACAUCAAGGAUCCUUUCACAGCCUGGCUAAGGACAGCCCUGCAUGCAGGUAG